AUGUCUCUGCGGCCGAGCCUGCGAACAGCCGGCCGGGCGCUCGCGCUGCGCUCGCGACCCCUGGCCCCCCGACAGGAACCUUUGGUCUGGGCCACGGCGAGACGAGGAUAUGCGGACGAACGCAAGGGCGAACGGAGUCAGCCUCCGACUUUGAAGCCGUCUGAGAAUGCGGCUUUCCCUCAGAGCCAGAACGCCCCCGAGUCUGCACCGGGACAACAGUCGACAACAGACGAGGCCGCCGCAGCACUGGAAGAGCUCGCCGCCGCUGCCAAGGGCCAGAGCGCCGGGCUCAAGGGUGGCCUGACGGAGGCUCAGGAGCAGGCACUCUACAACGAAGGCGCCAUUCCCCCCACACCGUCGAACGGCGACCCCCUCCGUGACCUCGAGGUUCUCGCCUCCGGCGGACUGCUCGCGAACGCAGAGGAGGUGGAGGUUGCGACGCCGCAGCCCCCGAGUUACAAGUUCCCCCUGCCAAAGCUCCCUCUGCCGCCGCACAGCCACCUGAAGUCUCGGUACCACCCCGUGCUCGACCAGUUGACCAACCUGAUGAUGCGGGACGGCAAGAAAGCCCAGGCGCAAAGAAAUAUGGCCAUGGUCCUCAACUUCCUCCGAACCUCUCCUCCCCCGAUCAUCAACCCACGAUACCCGCUCCUUCCCGGCGCCCCGCCGCCGGCGCACCUGCCAUUAAACCCCGUGCUAUACCUCACGCUGGCUGUCGACUCGGUGGCGCCGCUGGUCAAGAUCCGCCGCAUUGCGGGCGGAGCCGGUGGUGGUCGCCCGCUGGAGCUGCCGGCGCCGCUGGCCGUGCGCCAGAGGCGGCGGGCUGCCUUCCAGUGGAUUCUCGACGUGGUCAACAAGAAGCCGUCCAAGGGCAGUGGCCGGACGCAGUUCCCGCACCGAAUGGCCGAGGAGAUUAUCGCCGUCGUCGAGGGCCGUUCGGGUGUCUGGGACAAGAGGUUGGCGCUGCACAAGCUCGGCACGGCGACGCGUGCCAACUUGACGGUUAAGCCUGUCAAGGCGAACAGCAAGUAG